ACUUUCCCAGUGCUUUUGAAACAGCCCAAUCUAGCCAAGAAUAUAUAUACCGGCCCAUAACGUUUUUCAUCUGGGUGUGAAAUCGGACCUGCCACCUGUGACGAGAUGGGGAUCCUCACAGACUCUCAGAACAAGAGAAGCCCCUCUUCUUCUUCAACAUCACCAUGUGCUAAUCUCAGAGCUACUUACCACAAUUGUUUCAGCAGGUGGUAUUCAGAGAAGUUUGUAAAGGGUCAAUGGGACAAAGAAGAAUGCGUUUCAGAAUGGCAGAAAUACAAAGCUUGCCUCUCUCAACAUUUGGCAGAUAAACAGUUGAGUCGCUUCUUGGAGGCUGAAGGGCCUGUGAGCUCCACCAUUGAAGUUGCUUCCUCCAGAACAACCAAAGCCGAUGGCGCUCCGACUGGUUCUUCUCAGUAGUUUUUGCUUUCGUUUAUGUUAGAACUUGCUGUGUUCAAAGAGCAAAUUGUUUGACGUCUAGAUUGUACUUUUGCUGAGCUAGUUAAUCCACACGAUGAUAUCAUUUGAAGUUUACAA